AUGCCUAUAGAUGAGGCGGGAUUAGAGCAGGUUCAUAAAAUUAUUGAAGAAAGCUACAAAAAUCUGGACGAUGCAAGUAUUCAGCAAAGAGCGUUUCAAGAAUCAUUAAAGUAUCUUGGAAGCCUUACUGAUGAAGAACAUUGGUUCUGUACAGAGAAAUUGACUGCUCUGAUUAAAGAAUCAUUACAGCUUUUUGCAUUUUUGGGGAGUAACGCGUUAUCAUGGUUGAAAAUGAAGUUUAAGAUGCAACUCGAAAGAUGUCAUUUAUGUAUUAAACAUUACCAUGUUCUCAAAUCAGAUAUUAAAAAAUUGUAUGAGGGUCGUGAAGAAUAUCUGAAUACAAAUAUUCAUGAAUACAUUGAUCAUUUGGAUGAGUUUGAUUAUGAACGUGUACUUGAAUCAUUAAUGGUUGUUUUAACACAUACUUCAUUCGAAACAGAUAAGGAUUUUGAUAUGACACAUCAAAUAUUUAUUCUAGUAUAUGAAUGUUUAUGGGGUAUUGAUUUACUUGAAAAAGAAGAAAUUAGGGAUAAAUUUAGAACUCUUUUCCUUGGAAUUCAGAGAAAUGGUAAAUUUUUACGUAUCUAUGAUGAAGUGGUUCCUGGGAUGAUUUAUUUUUUGUUUGACGAAAAAUUUGGAGAUUUUAAUUCAUGGGCAAAAAAAUCAUUAGAAAAACUUUCUAGAAAAUUGAACUCGUCUGAAUUCACUUCUAUUGCAAAAGUUCCAUUUACAGUUUCUAUGGAUAAUUAUUUAAAGACAAAUAGCACAUCAUCCAUUAUAUCAGCUUCGAUCUUUUGGAAGGGUGCAUCAGUUUUAUUUCAUUAUAUAGAAAAAAAUUCUAUUAUUACAGAUCUUUCAAGUCAAGGAUGGGAUAUAGUAGGUCUUACUUGUUCACGAUUAUCUGAAAAUACACCUGUAAUUUUAGAUGUUUUGGACGUAUUUUCUGAACUUUUAGAUGUUCUUGGUACAACGUUUUGGGAACAAGCAAUAUAUUGUAAUCCUCUUAGUGUUAUUGAUGUAAUAUUUCGAAAUGAUUAUCUGCAUAAUAUGAUUAAAAACAUGAAUAAAGACAAUAAAAUGGAUGAGGAUUUUUCUAGAGUUUUUGUUACGCCUUUUACAUGGAUAAAAUCGUUUAUUAAUAGCCUUCAAAAUUCGAAUCGACAUCAUUCAUGUUCAAAAUUUUUGUUUUAUUUUCUUGAAUACUUUCAACGUGACGGAUACUCAAAAGAAAAUAGAAAUAAUUAUAAAAUUUUAGCUUGUCAGAUUUUAAGUUUAACAUUCGAAAUUUUAUUAAAAAGUGAAUCUUUAGAUUUUGAUACAUAUUUGAUACUAGUUGAAGAAAAUAGAAAAGUUUUCGAAAGUUAUUUAAAAAUUAUUGUUGAGGAAUUGUUGUUCUCUACUGAUGUAAAUAAUCAUGUAAGGGCUAAAGCAUGUCAGCUAGUAGGACUUGUUUUAAGUGUGGAUUGUAAAAUUUUGCAGCAAGAAUUUUAUAAUAUAACAAAAAAGAUCGAAAAUCCUGAUAAUACUAUUAUAACUAUUAUGAACUAUAAUUGUGGAAAAAUAUGGGAUAUUUUGAUUCAAAAUAUUCAGAGUUGUGAUCUUGAUCUUAUAUCUCAAAUAUUUCAGUCCUUUUCUUUGUUGUCUUAUAUUGAAAUAAUAGGUAUAGAAUCCGAAAGGUCUGCAUAUUUUAAUAAAAUAUUUAUGGAUAUAAUUCUAAAAGUGAAUCAGUUGUUAGCUAAAUUUGAUGAAAUAGAUUCUAGUGUAUUUAAAGCAAUGUUACAGGUUCCUGAAAUUAAUUGCUCUAUUAUAUCAUUGUCGUUUUCUCCAAUUUUAGAAAUUAGUCAGUUAUCACUUAAUAUAAUUAAACAAGCAUAUGAUUGCGUGGAUCGGUAUCAAGCCUUUCGAUUUAAUUUGUCAUAUAAUUUUGUUUCUACAUUAAUGGGUUUAAUAGCUGUUAUUGAUAGUUUUAUGGAAAUACAAUCGUUUUUUGUAGCAUCUCAAUUAGUAAAAACAUCUAUUACUAUUCUUAGUAUAUUAUGUUCUUCUGAAAAUGGUCUUUUAUUGUCAGAUAAAUACAAUUCAAAAGAAAAUCAAUCAAUUUUAACAAUAUUGUGGAGUCAAUUUUGGAUGUUCUUAAAUAUGUUAUUUUCAUUCUCUUUAUCAUGGGCUAAUGAUUUUCCAAAAGUUUCUAUGAUUGCUUUUUUAAGAAACGUAUUGGAGAUGGCUAAUAAUAUGGUCAAUUACUCUAAAAUAUAUAAUUCAAUUAUUUUAUUAAAUGAUGUGAACGAUUCAAAAGAAAACCUUGAUAAGUCUCAUGAAUUAUCUUUUCAAAUACAGGAUUGCCUUAAAUAUUCAUUUUCAUGGCUUCGUUUAAAUGACGAAGCACUUUUGGUUUCUACUGUUGAUUUUAUUUGUUUUUUGUUUUUUCGCCUAAAAGUUGCUAAUAUGGUUCUAGAAGAAAGCAUUUUAACUAAUCUUAGAAAUUUUCUUAAAAAAAAAAGUCAUAAAACUAAUCUUACUAAUGAGCAAAAAGUAAAAUUAUACUCUGUACUUCAGGAAUUUGAUUUUAUAUUGAAUAAAUCUAAUGAAAUAAGGGUUGAUAGUUCAACUACAGUAGAGUUUCAACCUUCUAAAAAUGCUGAAACUUUUUUGAAUAAUACUAAUAAAAAACUUAAAAAUGGUUCUGAAUUUUUUAAACUAAAGAAAUCUAUUCCUGAUUCUAUUUCAGAAACAAAGUCAAAAGUACAAUCAAAAAUAACUAUGGAGUUAUUUCAUUCUAAAUCAAUAUUGCCUUUAUUUGAAUCAAAAAAUAAUAUAAACAAAUAUAACCUAAAGAAUUUAAAUUAUUUUAAAAAUAAAUCUACAAAUUAUCAUGGAUCAAAUUUAAGAUCCAGUUCAAUAAAACAAUUUCGCUUAGAAUUGUUAAAAGAUAAAAAGAAGAUAAAUAAGGCUUUUAAAAAAUUACCUAGAAUUGAAACAGAUAUUACAGAUUCAAGACUUUUUGGACCUGAAAUACAGGAAUUAGAUAAUUCUAUUAAAAAUGAAGAUUUGGAACAAACAUUUUCGUCUGAUUCAGAAUGUCAAGAUAAUACAGAGACUACUUUUUUAUCAAAAGAUGAUAAAAUUUAUCCUAAAAUUCGUCAAAUAGAACGUAAAUCUGUACAAAGGUUAGAUUGUAUGGAUGUUAUAGAUAAAGGACCGCUUUCUAGGCAAAAAUUGCUGAAACAAAAAGUUGAUAUAUUAAAAAUGAGACUGUUUCCCUCUCUGUCUCCAUUACAUAAACAAAUUUUACAGUGGGAUAUAAGCUAUAAUGGAGAAAUUCCUCCUAGUGCUAAUAAACAGAUGUAUUUAGGAGUCGAGUAUAAAUUUCAGACAUCACAGACUUAUAUGAAUACAUUUGAACCUUUAUUGUUAUUGGAAUGUUGGCAACAAAUUAUUAAAGCUAAAGAGGAAAAUACAGAUCAAUCAUUUAAAAUAAAAAUAAUAAAUAGAGCUUCUGUUGAUGAAUUCAUAGAUCUUUAUGUUUUUAUUUCUUAUGAAAUAUUUUAUUCUGUUGUUAUUUCAGAUUCUGACAUUUUAGUAAUUUCAAAUACAUCAAAACCAUUGAAAGAAGUUAAUACUAUUUCAUGUUUAGCAAAAGUUCAAGCGAUUUCAAAAAAAGAUUCUAUUGAACUUACCUUAAGGACGUAUCCAUCAAAUGAAAUGAGCAUACUUCUUCGACCCAAUAAUGAGCUUUAUGGAGUUAAAUUAUUUAGUUUAAUUACAAUUCAAAGAGAAUAUUCUGCUUUGAAAAGUUUAGAAUAUUUGGAACUUCGUGAUGAUAUUAUUAAUGCUAAAGCUCAACCAUUUCCCUUAGUCCCUUCUAAUGAAAUUCAAUCUGCAAUGCUCGCUUAUAAUGUAAAUAAACCUCAAGCAGAAGCUAUUGUUGGUGUAACAAAUUCAACGGGUUUUCACCUUAUACAAGGGCCACCAGGAACAGGAAAAACGAGAACAAUUUUAGGCAUGAUUAAUGCAUUUCUUUCUAAAUCGAAAAAUAAAUCAGCUUGUCUUGGAAAAGUUCAAAAAGAUAGUCCUGUAUCUUCAAAAAUACUUGUUUGUGCACCUAGUAAUGCUGCUAUUGAUCAGAUUGUUUUACGUCUUAAACAAGGCUUUCGGAGUCCAGGAGGAACUAUUUAUUAUCCAAAAAUUGUUCGUGUUGGAUCGAAUGUAGCAAUUAAUGUUAAAGAUGUAAGCUUAGACAAUCUUAUAGAGAUAGAGCUUGCAAAAUCCAGUGUAAAAAUUGAACACGAUUAUCAGGCUACAAAUCAGGUAGUUUUAAGAGAACAGUUAAAUGAAAUUUUAAAGCAACGUGAUUCUCUACGUAAACAAUUAGAAGAUCAAUUAUCUGAACAAGAAAAAGGAAGUAUAGAAGUUAAAUUGAAAUCAUUGAAUUUACAGAAGAAUAACUUGGGUCAGCAACUUGAUGAAUUAAGAGAUCAGCAAAACAAUACUAGUAGAUCAUUAGAUAUCUCACGGCAUAAAAUACAAACCGAUAUCCUUACUAAUGCAGAUAUAAUUUGCAGCACGCUUAGUGGAAGUGGUUAUGAAUUUUUUGGAAAUUUAGCUUUUGAUUUUUCUACUGUUAUUAUUGACGAAGCAGCACAAUGUAUAGAACUUAGCACAAUAAUACCGUUAAGAUAUGGAUGCAAACUCUGUAUUCUUGUAGGGGAUCCUAACCAAUUACCACCUACAGUAUUUUCUCAAAUGGCUACAAAUUAUUCAUAUGAACAGAGUCUUUUUGUGAGAAUGCAAAAGAAUUGUCCUUCUUCAGUUCAUAUGUUAAGUAUACAAUAUCGUAUGCAUCCAUGCAUUAGCCAAUUUCCAAGCAAAUUUUUUUACUCAAAUAGGUUAAUUAAUGAUGAAGGUAUUGAGGAGAAAACUAAAAGAUCUUGGCAUCAAGUCGACUUAUUUGGUCCUUAUCGUUUUUUUGAUAUCCAUGGUUACGAAGAUGAAACUUCACGUUCUCCUUUUAAUCUCAUGGAAGCUCGAGCUACAUUAUUAAUCUAUGAUGCUAUUAUACGAAGCUUUCCUUCUAUAAAUUUUAAUGGUUAUUUUGGAAUUAUUACACCAUAUAAACAACAGCUUAAUAAAAUUAAAGAAUUGUUUAUAAAAAAAUAUGGAGAUUCCAUUUUGAAAAACAUCGAUUUUAACACUGUUGAUGGAUUUCAGGGUCAAGAAAAGGAUAUCAUUAUGUUAUCAUGUGUUAGGAGUUCUGCAAAGGGAAUUGGGUUUCUUUCUGAUAUUAGACGAAUGAAUGUAAGUUUGACUAGAGCUAAAUCUUCUAUGAUAAUAUUGGGUAAUGUUGAAACUCUUUCUGGUCACUUUUAUUGGCGUUCUCUUAUUGAGGAUGCUGAACAGCGAGGUUUACUUACUAAGUUUGAUGAUAUUUUAUUUGGAGUUUUAGAAAAGAAUGCUAAACAUGCUAGUUUUUGUAAUUCUAGUACAACACAUAAUAAAGAAAAAAUAUCUAAUGAAAUUGAUUCAGUUCAAGAAGAUAGUGGCAUUGUUAAAAAUUUUAUUGAGGAUUCUGAAAUAAAAACUCUUAAGAAUUCAUGUUUACAAAAAAAUAGUUUUUCUCAAAAUUCUGAUAUAUUUGGAAAUGAAGAAAAUAAAAAAGAGGUUAAUCCUGGUUUUAUAGUCCCAGUGGAAACGCCGUCUCAAAUUCCUUUUAUAAUUCAUAAAAAACGUGUAGCCCCUGAUAUUUUUAUACGUAGGCCUAAAAUUAAAAAAAAGUAA